AUGAUUAUUCCGGGACACGCGGCACGAGUCUGCAAACAGCAUCCAAAGAGAAUCCAUUUAAUGGAUGUAAAAACAUGUCCAAAUCGACAGUGUCGUAGUGAGAUGCUCAACGAAAUUGGCGAUCCGAUUCCGUAA